CCAAAUAUUUAACUAGACGAUAAAACUCCGUUGAAUAUUAAAACACUUCGGUAAUAACAAAAGUCCGCUAUUUGAAAUACAUGUUAAUUUUCAGAAAACUUAAACAAGGAAGUAAAUUUAAUAUACUGGAUUAGUGGGACAAUACUGUCUUGACUACCUCAAAAAAUGGCGACCGGGACAGACAUUGCCAAGUCUAGUAAGGGUUCUGAAGAGGUUUUUGAUAUAUGUUGUUCUCCGUGUUCAGAGGCCGACAGAGUGAGAGAAGGCAAACAAUUUUGUGAGAACUGUGGAUCUUACUUUUGUGAUCAAUGUCUUAGAGAUCACAACAAGUUCGCGGCAUUGCGCUCGCACAGGAUUGUGGAUAAAUCAGUAGUGGGGCCGCUGCAAGGAGGUAACACCACUGUGGUGGGUGAACCAACAGAUAGAUGCGUCGCUCAUUGUGGCAAGAUCGUUGAUAUGUUUUGCAAGGACCACGACGAAGUGUGUUGCGAGGCUUGUGUUACGAUUAAACAUAGGUCAUGUUCAGGUUUAAACCACAUCAAAAAUGUUGCAAAAGGGAUUACUAACAGCAUGGAAUUCAAAGACACUAAAGACUCUUUGGAGAAAGUCAUAACAAAAAUCAAACAGGAAAAAGAUAAAAGAACUAACAACUUAUCAAGUCUAAAUGAGAAGAAAGAUACAAUUCUACAGGACAUUGAUAAAUACCAAGAUGACAUUAUUAACAGAAUUAAGGUGCUUGCAGAUGCUUCAAGAAAAGAAGUGAUAUCUAAACAUGCUGAACUUGUGAAGGCCACAGAAUCUGAUGCUAAAGAACUUGACACAAUUGGGAUGCUGUUGGAAGACAUUACAAUGAAAGUAGAUGUCACUAGUGAAAAUGAAGCACAAAUAUUUACAAAUGUAAAGAAUGGUAAAAAGGCUGCAACUGAUGUGGAAAGUAUUGUUGAUGAACUUUCCUCUAAUUGGACAGAAAAAGAUCUUGAAUAUUGCUUUGAUAAUGAGCCAGCUGACAUGGUAUUGGAUCUGAAGACAUUUGGACGUUUUCCUGAUAAAACAGAUACUAGGCCAUACCUUGCUUCAAUUGAUAAAAAAUGUAAUGUCAAAGUAAAGAGCGAUAGUCAGCUAUGUGACAUAAAUUGUAUAUGUAUACUGGGUGAUGGCACAUUUGUCAUUAGUGACUAUCGAAAUGAUAAACUGAAAAGGCUUGGUAAAAAUUUUGAAGUUACUGACAGCAUCAGCUUAGAUGGAUCCCCUAUAUCAUUAUGUACCACUGAACAAAAUGAAGUAGCAGCUGCACUCAGAGAACAGAAGAAAGUACAGUUUGUGUCUUGUGGAAAAACAUUCUCAUUAGGAGAUUCCUUUAAAACUGAUCUAAGAUGUACAGGCCUUUAUUUUGACUCAAAAUAUAGUGAACUAUAUGUUUCCUGUGGUGCUAAGUGGCAAGGGGAUCAACAAUCAAAGGUGAAUGUUUACAAAAAGAAUGGAACAUUGCUUAGAACCUAUGGAGCAAACAAAGAUGGAACUCAGUUAUUCUCUUCACCAAACAACAUUACCAUGGCAACAGCUACGGGUAAGAUUUACAUUGCAGAUCAUGGGAAUGGACUCAUUGCUAUAAAUAAAAAUGGUGAAAAGUUGUGGACAUUUACAGACCCAAAAAUAAAGGGUCCUUGGGGUGUUUGUAUUUUACCUGGGAACCAACUGCUUGUCACAGGCUAUGGUUCAGGAAAUAUUAUUCAAGUAGGAAGUGAUGGAAAGGAAGUUAACGAACUUCUCGAAUCAUCAGAAGGACUGAAUCAUCCAUAUGCUGUCAUGUAUGAGAAAGAGAAUUCUAGAAUAAUUGUUGGAAGUAAUUCAAACGAGAUCCGUGUGUACACUUUACCUAGAAAAUAGGUGUGACAAAAAUGGUCCCAAAAUAUGUAUGGCGUUAGGUGACCUAUGUGUAAUGAUGUAUGCGAAAUAACUGAAAACGUUUUUGUUUAACCCGUUACAGUUACUUCCAUAAGGAUUGAAAUGCUCGAUCCCUUCGGAUUUGACAUACAAAGUUUCAACUGCACAUGUAAAACAUAUACCAAAACCGUCCCUUCAGAAUUUGGUAAAAUACAAUAAUGUUACUGUCAGGAACCAGUAAACUACUGCUAUUAAUAAAUUUAUAACAAAAGCAUACAUUUUAAGAGAACAAGAGCUUGUAGAACACGAAGUGCCCCCCUUGAUGCAUUCAGUAAUUGCACAACGAACAAAAAUUUUUUGGUCACUAUGCACAACAGUUUUACUGUUCUUGGUCAAAGUGACCUUGACCUCUGACCUAUUGACCUCAAAACCAGUAGGGGUCAUGAUAAACCUCCAUAUUAAGUUUCGUGAUCCUAGGCCCAAGCAUUCUCAGGAUAUCGUCCAGACACAUUUUAACUGUUCCAGGUCACUGUGACCUUGACCUUUGAUCUACGGACCUCAAAAUCAAAAGUGUCAUCUGCUUAUCAUGAUCAACCUCCCUAUUAAGUUUUGUGAUCCUAGGUCAAAGCGUACUCAAAUUAUUGUCUGGAACGGUUUUACUGUUCCAGGUCAAUAUGUCCGUGACCUUUGGCCUACUGACCUAAAAAUCAAUAGGGGUCAUCUACUGGUCAUGACCAACCUCCUUAUCAAACUUCAUGAUCCUAGUCCAGAAACCAUUUAACUGUUCCUGAUCACUGUGACCUUGACGUUUGACCUACUGACUUCAAAACAGAGGCGUAUUGACGAUUUGAGGAUUGAGGCGGCAUAGGGUGUGGAUUUGGGAUGGAGUAUCACCCUCCCAUCAACAGGGUCUGGGGUGGCCCCGGGGAAAUUUUUGCAUAUAGCUAGAGUAAAUGGUGCAAUCUAGCGAUUUCUUCGACUGCUCAGUAGCUGUUGAACAUACUCGUUUUUUUAGUUUUCACCCCUAUUUACAGUUUCUGUGUAUAAACACUGUAAUGGCGGUACGAUGUUAGAUAAGAGCAGUGAACACUGUCCUACUACGAAACUAGGGGUCGUGAGUUCGAGCCCCCGCUCCUCCAACUAAAAAUUACUAACAUUGUGAUAAGAGUCCUUUGUAUAGGUGCUCUACACCUGGCAUGCUAAAGAACCGGGGAAGUUUCUGGAAUUGGGACGUCUUCUGUAUCUUGCACUCUUCUCCUACUAACAUUACUAGCAGUCUUCUGGAGGAAUCGCCCUUAUGUGUUACCGGUGGCGACUAUAAGAAAGCUUAUAUACAAACAAACGAUGUCAGAUACGGACAAUGUUUUGCAAGGGUAGAACCAGUAAUGUCUAUUUAGGGGAUCGAGAACAAGACCCCGACUUAAAGGGGCAAUCCAAUCCUUAUGGCAUUUUAGUCAUUAAAUGGCAUUAUAAAGGUAAUAAGCAAUUCACUGUUUUCUUUCUGAAAUAAGCACUAAUCAUAUACUCGUAUGUUAAUAUAAUUCAAUUUCAUUACAUAAUGUAUCGCACAUAAUGUACAACAUAUAUUUAGAGCUAAGAACAAAAAGUACAACUAUAUCAUCAAUAUUUAACAAGAUUUUUGUGAUAUAACUGAUGAUAUCGUAAAACAUAAUUAGCACCAAUAGCUAGCUGAUACAAAUUUAAACAGACUUUCCAAAAUUAAUGUAUUUAGUGUUUCAUUUCCACAAACAAAUUCAUUUGCCACUUUUAUCAUGUCAAUUCUGUCCGUCAUCUCCCUAUGCUCGUAGAGUGUCAUGAGAUGGUUUAGCUUUUUCUGUGUCAUUCUGGCAUGCAAAUAAGUCUUAACUCCUCGUAGAGCCGAGAAUGUGUUGAAUUCAAUCAUUAUGGUUGGGUUCUUUGAUAUUUCGGACAGUAUGUUUAUGUAAAAAAUAUUUAAUUUAAUAUAUUUUAUCAAAAGACCUCUAAAGAUGCAUAUUUGCGUUUGUGUUUCACUCAAGACCUUUGUUGGUAUCAGUUCGGCAGUAAGCAAUAAAACAGGAUUAACAUUCAUUAAUUAAAGUAUCGCCUAUAAUCCGAGUCUGCGGGGCGUGAACUGGUCUUUGCUGAUUAUUGAUUUUGUACAAUACCUUGUCACCAAGGUGAUCUAGCAAGGUGUCGGCGAUAUGACAAGAUUCUGUGUACAUAUCAGUUGCUGAUGAACUUCAUGAUAAAUUUGCAAUUGGCAAAGGAAGACCUCUGUAUUUCGGCAUUUUGCUGCUCCUCGAAAUAUUGGGGCGGCACAUGCCGCCCCAGCUCCUAAGCCCUUGCGAAAUCAAUAGGGGUCAUCUGCUGGUCAUGACAAACCUCCCUAUCAACUUUCAUUAUCCUUGGCUUAAGUGUUCUCGAGUUAUCAUCUGGAAACCGUUUAAUUGUUCUGGGUCAAUGUGACCUUGACCUUUGACCUCCUGAUCUCAAAAUCAAUAGGGGUCCUCUCCUGGUCAUGACCAACCAUCCUAUCAACUUUCAUGAUCCUAGGCCAAAGCAUUCUUGAGUUAUCAUCUGGAAACUGUUUAACUGUUCUGGAUCACUGUGACCUUGACCUUUGACCUACUGAUCUAAAAAACAAUAAGGGUCAUAUGACCAACCACCCUAUCAACUUCCAUUAUCCUAGGCCCAAGAGUUCUUGAGUUAUCAUCCGGAAACGGAUUGGUCUACAUACCCAUCGACAGACUGACCGUCCAACCAAAAUCUGCAAAACAGUAUACCGCUCCUUCUUCGAAUAACAAUUACAUUUAGUGUCUUUUGUUUUUAAGGGCUUUGCCUUAUAUACUCAUGUUUUGAAAAUGUAGUAUGUAUAUGUAUGUACUCUAUUCUUUAAGCUAAUGGCAUAUGUUAUAUGUCAAGUUUGCAAAAUAAAUGGUGUAUCAAACUUUAUCAGAAUGACAGUGGAAUCAUUAAUUUAAAAGUAAUUUGCUGCAUCAGGUUUUUCAAUCAUUGACUUACUAGGAAAUCCAAUGUGUGUAUAUUUUUUAGUUCUUUUUUAAUUUCUACAGACUGAGAAAUUUCAAGCAAGUAGAGAGGACAGGUAUUUAUUUCCCUGUCUGUGAUAAAAGACAAAACAUUAUUUCAAGUAUUUUAUGUAACUGGUAUAUAAUCACAAUGUUAUCUUCUAAUCAUCUGUCUUUGAGCUUUAAAUUUUGACACUGGUUUAACAUUUGUAGAGUCUGUCUGAUUGGUUAAUUCUGAAACUGUUUCUUUCAUGUCUCUGUUCUGAUUGGCUGACUGAGCUUUGAACUUUGACACUGGUCUCUGUGGCAGCACCUGUUGUAAGGGAGACAUCUCUGUGGUGGAUUUUUCUGGAACAGAUUUUUCUACUACAGUUCCAGAAAAUGCUGGUUCCAAAGAACUUUGCUGCACAGAUUUGUUCUGAAAUUAUGAAGACAAAAUAUUGCUGUAGAUUAUAAAAAGUACUAAUGACUUUAUUUUGUAUUAAAUCUAUUUAAAAAGUAGAUCCUACUGAUUAACAAGAGAUCACAGAGUGAUCUUGGCGCCCACUACUGAGCCAUUUUUGAAUGUUCCAAAUUUCAAGACUAGCUCAAGGUCAAAGUUCAUUUCGGUACACAAACUGUGCAUGUGGUCCAUGCAUGUGGUCCAAAUUUGAAAGCUGUAGCUUGAGAAAUGUGAAAGUAGGUCACUAGAUCAAUUUCAAUGUAAAAGUUCAUUUUGGUACACAAAACUAUGCAUGUGCUUCAAAUCAAUCUGAAGGCUGUAGCUUGAGAAAUGUGAAAGUAGGUACUAGGUAAAAAUCAAGGUAAAAUUUCAAUUCAGAAUACAAAACUAUGCAAGUGGUUCAAAUUUGAAGCAUGUAGCUUCAGAAAUGUGAAAGUAGGUCACUAGGUCAAUGUCAAGGUCAAAGUUUGUUUCAGUACACAAACCUAUGCAUGUGGUCCAAAUUUGAAGGCUGUAGCUACAGAAAUGUGAAAGUAGGUCACUAGGUCAAGAUCAAGGUCAACUCAUGUCAAGGUUCAUGUUGCCACUCAAAACUAUACAUCUGGUGCAAAUUUGAAUGUUGUAGGUUAUGGACAGGAAGAUUUUUAAAGUUUUUCCCUAUAUAAGUCUAUAUGAACCAUGUGACCCCCAGGGCGGGGCCAUAUUUGACCCUAGGGGGAUAAUUUGAACAAACUUGGUAGAGAACAACUAGAUGAUGUCACAUACAAAAUAUCAAAGCCAUAGGCCCUGUGGUUUUGGACAAGAAGUAUUUCAAAGUUUUUCCCUAUAUAAAUCUAUGUAAAUUAUAAAAAUAAACAAAGGGCCAUAACUCACUCGAAUAUUGCUGAACCAGUCUGAUUUUCAGGGGGACACAACUAGGGUACCAAUACAUCAUUCUGACAAAGUUUGGUCAAAAUCCCCCCAGUAGUUUCUGAGGAGAUGCGAUAACGAGAAAUUGUUAACGGACGGACGACAGACCACGGACGCAGAGUGAUUUGAAUAGCCCACCAUCUGAUGAUGGUGGGCUAAUUAUUGUAGAUAUUUACAUUCUCCCCAUUUGUUCUACUGAAAAUUAUGACGUUCACUUUGCGAGAACCGCAAAAGGAAAGGCUCCAAAGUUACGGCAAUGCUGCUUAGUGAUAACAGGCCAUUGUUUUGACAAUGUCCACAUAUAGUCGGGGAGAACAUUCCUUAGAUGACAUUGUAGUUGUUCUGUCUAGUGAACGGAAUGACUGGUUAGCUGAUUAUAAUGUUAAAUACAGUAAAAUAUGUGCAAUUUAUAAUAAGUUUGCUUAUAAAUGGAAAGGAAAUAUAAUUGAAUAUAAGAUAUGAAUUUAGUUUUUUUAGAGUUCAUGCGAAAUUAACGACAUAAUAGGAUCGGCAAAUUAAACAUGUAUCAUUAACGUGAUUCAUGGAUUUGCCGAUCCUAUUCUGUCGUUCAUUUCACAUGAACUCUGAAAAAGAAUUAAUUUCUUAAGUACAAACACAAAGAUUGUAACUAUUAUUCCUUUAAGUAGUAACAAAUAUUCCUCUUGCAAAGCACUAUGGGAUUGUUAGAUAGUUAAUAUACCAAUAAUGAUGAAACUGAAACUAUUGUUAAGAAAAAUGAAAAAAAUUCCUUUGUUUUAAAAUCUUGUAUAAAUUCAAAUUGCUGACUUCUUAUUUUCUUGUAUUCUUAUCAUAAACAGAACUGUAAUUGAAAAGUUUAACCAAAACAUAUGUUUCAAAGGUAACAAAGGAGCUUCUCCAAUCAUAGUGUAGUAAUAUAAAUUAUUUCUUUAAAAUAAUUUCAUUUAUUCCUCGAGACUUAAAAUGUUUGUUAGUUGCUAAGGUUUCGGGAUUAAUCGGCCUUUAUUAUUCAGUUGAACUGGUUCUCGUUUUAUCAAUACAGUACUGAUGUGCAUGUUCAGCAAGCCGAGAACACAGCCAGUUGUUCGAUAUAAAAGCAAAAAGCCCGUGCAGAUUUCUCACAUUGCGUCUGAAAGGGCGAAUAGACCGUUAUUAUACACUGACUGACAUAAUCUACUGUUCUUCUACAUGUCGUUCAGUAAAGAUAAACUUACCCUCCCGCCACACCCCUAAAGUUGCUAAUGCAGUAAUAUUUUAUGGUUAACUUAGUUUUUGGUGAAAGACCUGAAAUUUUGGAGAAACUUGUGUCAGAUUUGCUGCGUUUUGUAUUAUAAUUUCAGGGUACCGAUUUCUUAUAUGGCAUUUAUUGAAGAUGUCAGUGAGCUGUUAGUGCAACGUACACUGUGAAGUCUCCGAUAUCCCAAUUAUAAUCAUACUCAAAGAAGUUACGAAUGAAUGUUCUGUUAUAGAAGCCAAGUCGAAGGAACUUCAAAGUACCGUAGAUACUUCCUGGAAAUUAACUUUUGGCUAGUUCCAGAUUUAUAGAAUUCAGGUGUGUAUUGUGUUGAUAAAUAACAGCAUUCGUUAGAAUGUUUUUAACUGGAACUGUGUGCUUUUUUAGGAUAUCGGAAAUUAAAUUAAUGUUUAAGACAUUUUCUGUAAAAGAAUAUAUAGGAAAAGAAAUUACAUGAACUUGUGUAUUACUUUAGCUUAGGUAUUUUCAUUUAUAUCUUUGCUUCUAGAUAAAAGAUAAGGCUCACUAGCAGUUAUUUCUGUGUUAUGUAAUUUUUAUGAAUCGGUAAUUAUACCUUAAAUGUUAGGACUGUCGCUCAAAUGAUGUUGAAUUGAGGGGAUCAGGCGAGAUAUCGAGUUAAUUAGAUUGCUAAACAAUAACCGGUUGGGUGUUUGUUUUGUGGCGAUUUAUACGGUUGAUGCCGAACUAGAGAUAUAUCUAUGCAUUUGGUGUGAUGAAUUUUAUUCGGAACAGUUCAGUGUAAUUAGCGUUGUCGUCUGUCAGUUAUGGACACGGUCCGCUCAGUUUGGUGAAACUAUGUUUGCCUUUAUCGGGCCUAUCACAAGGGCAUUAUUAUCUUAAACAGUGCACCAAAGGUUGUUCAUUGCAAAAGAUGCACCUUGCUAUUUAAGGUUGGUUGACCUGAAGUUGCUUCGGGUCACUAGGAUUUCGUCCUUAUAGUACUGGCGAGUCCUAGAUUGCACUGCAUUGCGUUGCUUGCUUGUGAAGUGGUUGUAGUGCACCACUAUAGGUUCUGGUGAUGCCUAGGUUGCUUUGCUUUUUGCGUAGUGAAGCUUCUAUAGUGAAUAAUUACAGUAUUGGCGAAACCUAGGUUGUGUCUGUAAUGUAUCACUAUUGUACUGGUGAGGCCCAAGUUGCAUUCCGUUGUCCGUAGUGCUUCACUAUAGUGUUGGUAAUGCCUAUGUUGCGUUGUUUCUUGCGAUAUGAAGUGUCUGCAAUGCAUCACAAUGGUACUGGUGAGGCCCUGGUUGCAUUCGUUGUCUGUAAUGCUUCACUAUAAUGUUGUGUGGUGCCUAUGUUGCGUUGCUUCUUGCAAGGUGAAAUGUGUCUGGGGUGCAUCAGUUGGUGUUUUGUGUGGUAGGCCCGGUCAGUCCGUAUUUUAGUUUUACUAGCUGAAGAAUUGGGCUGUCUCAUGAAUAUUUAACGCGUGCCGUUUUCGUGGACAAUAAUGCCAAUAUUGUCGUUCUUGUUUUAGCACAGACAUAUAUCAGACAGCUUUCUAGCACCGAGUGUUUGGUAGCAGCUCUUGACUUGCUUCGUGGCAUCGUUUUGGUGCAGAGCCGUGGUGAGCUGAGGUCUGCUGUCAUACAUUCGGGUGUGGUCCGUGUGCUGGGUGCCGUCUGCAGUUUUUAGGAGUCAUCGCAUCGCGUGUUGUCUCAUGCUUGCGCCUGGUCUCCUCUCACUUGAAGAUAGAGUGGCCAAAAACAUGCCAACUUAACUUUUCAAUGUUUUCUCAGAUCUGUUGAUGCAUUUACCUUAGCAGAUGUAGAAUAUAUUAAUUUAGAAAUCAAGUAUUUUAAGUCAUUUGUUCGUCAUAAUGUGUUAUAUGAUCUUAAAACAUUUAACAGUAUAACAAUGAGAUAAAUAAAAGACAAAGAAUGGUA